CCAAAAAUGGUGCCUCUCCAAGACCGUUGUUACUUCUCUAACUUCUUUGAUUUCAGUUUCCUGAGUCAAUGUCAGCAGGACAAAGUCACCAUUCCACAGCACAGAGAGGCUUUCCAAGAUCUUCGGCGAUGUGUACUCAGCAGUCUUUUGGAGGCUACAAGAGUGGGACAGAUGAGGUACACUUGUUAUUAUAAAUGUAUGGUGGACUGUGGGGACCUGAACGACUUCAAUGAAUCUUUGAGACUCACAAACAAUGAAGUCCACGUGAACCCAAAAUGGACAGAAGAGACACUGAAGACAAUGAGCUGCUUUAUAAAAAGCUCCUCAAGUAAAGCUGACAUCAGAGUUGAUUACAUCCAUCAAUACAGUGACAUAAAUGAAAGAUUUGUUCACUUCUUGUCAGACUGUCUGGAUUGGAUAUCUUCUAUACGCUGCCCUGAGAGAGUCCUGUUGACCUGCUCUAAACUCCUGUACACAGGAGGCCAACGUUUGGCAAAGCUCUUUCUAAAAAAGUUGGGUCAUACAAUUGAAAUAAAAUGGAGUCGUCUGAAGAACAGCUCCUGUAAACAUCUGGGGAAAUUAAUGUCUCAUUGUAGACGAGAUCUGAGUCUGACGCUGACUCCUGAAGCCAUAACUUGGAGAGGACUGCAGCUGUUGUGCAAAUCAUGGCAGCAUCUUCAAACACUGAGAAUAAAUGAAGUCACAACUAAAUUUAUUUCAAAGUUAAUAAGGACAAAAAGAAAAGAAGAAUCUGUCACAGUAGAAGAGAUGGUCAUCCUCAGGAGUCGUCAGAGGUCCACAAUUCACAGACCACAUCUUAUUAGUUAUCUGUCCAUAAUCCUGAGGCACUGGACUGUCAACCAAUUGGACCUCAGUGACUGUGAGCUGGAUGGACACUUUGUGACAAACCUUCUGAGUCUCCAAGACCACAUGAGUCUCAGGUAAGUCACGCUAUGUCUGGGUGUCAUUUUUACAAGAA